AUGGCCCAAUUCAGACAGUACAGGAGACAGAAAGAGCAGGAGAGAAGAUACGUCAUCGGAAGAGAACUGACAGGAUUCAGAGGCCUGGGAUAUGCGACAGGCAAUGAUACUUUGUCAGUCAAGUUCAGUGUGAGGAGAAAGAACAGAGGGCUGUUUGAUUAUGAUCCGCCUGAUUCGCGAGAACCUGACGCGGACGAUGAAAUUGAGCGGCCUUGGGACUAUGAAAGUACAAGUGGAGAGGAUGACGAUGUAUCAUACGAUAGUUCAGAUGACGAGGAGGAUGCUGCGUAG